CAGAGCGAUGUGGAUGGAAGAAGAAAGGACAGUUUGAUAAAAGGGUUUGUCGUUUAUAUGAAAAAUAGGUUAAAAAACAGACAAUAUAAGUGAAGAUUUGUGCAGGCAUUAAAAACAUCUCCAGAUUUCUUCUCGUGGUGUCGUGUGAAAUGGUUCCUGAGUCCUGCAGAAGGAUCUGGAUUCCUGUCACAGGAAAUAAAUUGCAGAACUAAUGCGACGGUUGCGUGCUGGGCUGCCGUAUCACAGGCAGGACUGGGAUUUCUUACUGCAGACGGCGUCCCAACAUGUCCAGCCCGCUGCAGCGCAUGGAUGCUCAUCAUCCACUAGAGGACGACCGCAAAUUCAAAUGCAACGAAUGUGGCCGUGGCUACAGACACGCCGGCAGCCUGACCAAUCACAGACGGACUCAUGAAGUGGGUUCGUUCCUGUGCUCCAUCUGUGGGAAAGAAAACUGGAACGCCUCGGCCAUGAAGAACCACCUGCGCAGCCACGCCUCGCUUAGGAAGUACUCCUGUGCCGACUGUGGGAAAUGUUUUCGUCUGGCGGCGCAGCUGCAGACGCACCAGACGGUUCAUCUGCCCUGCAGAUCCACACAGGGCAGCGAAUGCGACCAGCAAGCUGAACGUAACGAGGACGCAGACAUCGCUGCGAUUCCCACGUUGCAGCCAGUGCGCUGCAGUGAGGUGCCAAAGAGACCCUUUCGCUGCGACCAGUGUGGGAAGUCCUACAUCCACCAGCGCAGCCUGACCAAUCACAAGAAGAGCCACCAGCUGGGCGUGUUUGAAUGCACCAUCUGCUUUAAGCUGUGUGGCAACAUGGCCGCCCUCUACAGCCACCAGAGGACCCACAGGAUGCGAGGCGAGAUGGAUCAAAGUGCAGCUACCGGGUCAGAACCGGACCUGUUCCAUAACCAGAAACGGGACACUCCGGAGAAUUUCUGCCUCCUGUGCCAGGUGUUUUUUCCUGGAAAUAGGGAAUUCCAGGAGCACAUCCGUCUGCACAGGUCUUCGCCUGAGCCCGAUGUUUCCCUGCCAGAGUCCGGCUUCAGUCCAUCUGCUGCAGAGGUUCUACAGAACUUUGAUCUGAGUGGGUUUGAUGGUCCGGAUGCAACAGACGCUGCGGUAAUCAGCGCAUCACGGAGCGCUGUAGAAGAAGAAACGUCCGCUCCGGAUCCGGAUGAGAGACCCUUCAGGUGUCACACCUGUGGGAAGAGCUACCGUCACUCCGGAAGCCUCAUCAACCACCGGCGCUCCCACCAGAUGGGCGUGUUCCGCUGCGCCGUCUGCAGGAAGCAGUACCCCCACCUGGCCGCCCUCAGGAGCCACCUACGCCUCCACCGACCGCGGCGGCCAUCUUCCCUGCCGCCCGCAGAACACAACUGGCUCUGCCCGGAGCCUGUGAGCCAGCAGAACCAGACCAGGUUUGGAUCAGAUCAGGAAAACAUGGCCGCCGACAACACAGACGGCGAAAUGUUCUCCACUCGGGGUUUCUGCUCCAAGGUUGCCAUGGCGACGCACAUGUGCGCGGACUGCGGCGAGAUGUUUGCAGACGUAUCCGGGGUCAAAUCCCACAGCUGCAUCCUGCUGCACCAACACACACCUGCUGACCGGCCCUACAACUUAACCUUUGACCCCAGGGACGCCCAAAGCCCGGAAACAACAGAGUUCAACUACUUUGAGCAGGGUUGCCAUGGGAACAGCGCCGGAGAAGACGAGGAUCCCGACGAGGACGAUGACUAUCAGUGCUCAGUGUGCGGGAUCAGCUACAGCAGCAUGGCGGCCCUCAGGAGCCACCUGAGGGGCCACACCCGGUCCGACGGCGGUCUGCAGGGCGCCGACCCCACACAACCAGAGUCUGGAGAGAUGCUGAUCUGUAGCAGCUGCGGCGUCUCCUGCAUCAGCUACAGCCACCUCAGCAGCCACGACUGCGCAGCCAAGCAGGAAGUGAAGGUCACCGAGGAGGAGGAACUGAGGCCCGGUGGCGGCGUGGAGCGCCAGCAUCGCUGUGAUCAGUGUGGGCGGUCGUACCGCCACGCCGGCUCGCUGCUCAACCACAAAAAGUCCCAUAAAACGGGCGUGUUCAGAUGCUCUGUCUGCCAGAAACGCUUCUACAACCUGCUGGCGCUGAAAAACCACCAGAGGUCACACUUUGACCUCAAGAGGUUUGCCUGUCAGGAAUGUGGAAAAGCCUUCAAGCUCCAGAAGCAGCUGCUGAACCAUCUGAGAAAACACAAACAGAACCGAGCCAAAACCCAGGAUCUGACCGAUCCGGUCCAGGUUGUCCUGCCGGAGGGAAGAUGGCGGCAGGCGGCAGCACCGGACGGCGAGAAGCGGCCGUUCUCCUGCGACCAGUGUGGCCGAACGUACCGCCACGCCGGGAGUCUGGCCAACCACAGGAAGUCCCAUCAGACGGGCGAGUUUUCCUGCAGCGUCUGCAGCAACGUUUACUGCAACCAGCUGGCCUUGAGCAACCACCUGAGGAUUCACCUGGCCAAGAGGCUCCUGUGCCAGCGCUGCGGCAGAGGCUUCAGGGGCCCGGCGCAACUGCAGGCGCAUGUCUGUGCUGCGCUCAGACCAAACGCCGCCGCAGGCCGGACGGGCCUCAGGUGCAGGAAGUCCUCCAACCAGCAGGCGGCGCCCUCCUGCGAGGAAGAGGAGCGGCCGUUCAGGUGCGACCUUUGCCCUCGAAGCUACCGGCAUGCCGGCUCGCUGCUCAACCACAAGAGGACACACCAGACGGGCGAGUUCAGCUGCACCGUCUGCACCAAGCGCUUCACCAACCGCGCGGCGCUGCGCGGCCACGCCCGCAUCCACAGGAACAGGAAGUACUCGUGUGCGGCGUGCGGGAAGGCCUUCCGCCGCGCCAGCGUCCUGCAGAACCACCAGCGGCUCCACGGACCGGCGCCGAGCUUCCAGGAUCAGACCGGGCGGAAGAGGCAGCGCUGCCUCAGGGGUCAGGAGGUCACAGCGCCCCCUGCAGUCCAGGAAGAGACAGGACAGAAGUGCUUCAGGUGUGACCUGUGCGGCCGCUCGUACCGCCACGCCGGCUCGCUGCUCAACCACAAGAAGUCCCACGCCGCAGUGAUGCACCAAUGCAGCUUCUGCCUGCGGACGUUUCCCGACGCCGUCGGCCUGCAGCUGCACGCCCAGAUCCGCCGCCAGUGCUGCUCCGAAUGCGGCAAAACCUUCUGCCUGGCGGCGCACCUUCAGAGCCACAUGGCGACUCACGCCAGGAAGCCGACCGCCACCGCCGCCGGGUCAGACCCUAACCCUAACCCUGACCCGCAGAGCGAGGACAAGAGCCACGUGUGUGAGCACUGUGGCCGCGCCUACCGCCACGCCGGGUCGCUACUCAACCACAAGAACAGCCACAAGACGGGCCGCUUCUCCUGCGCCGUCUGCCGCAAGGAGUUCUCCAACCUGAUGGCGCUGAAGAACCACCGCCGCAUCCACUCCGAGCCCCGGCGCUACCAGUGCCUGACCUGUGGCAAGGCGUUCCGCGUCUCCACGCAGCUCGUCUGCCACCGCCGCAUCCACACCAAGGAGAAACCGUUCGACUGCCAGCGCUGCGGGAAAACCUUUUCCAGCAAGUCCAACCUGAGGCACCAUCAGAAGCUGCACCAGAGCGCCGCGCAGCCGGGCAGCGACCUGGAGGCCUUCCUGUGACAUCAUGCUGCACAACAUGAUGACGGGAUGAGGAUCACUGCUGACAUAAAUACAUCACACCUCACCGCCGCCAUCUUGGAUGUGGCACUAGGAGCGCGUCUUUAUGUUCAUGAUAUUUAUCCUGUUAUUAUCAGUAAUUGUAAGCAGUAUUUCCUCAGAAAGAUUUCCUUGGUGUUCAGAGAUGUGGUGGUUCUGGAAGGUCCGGUUAGCAGGUAACAGAACUCUGUCUUUAUUCAGCGUGAAUCCGGGUGAGUGUGACUGACUCAGCAGAAACCUGCAGACUGAAUCUGAACGUUUUCAUAUCCUGAUGGACCAAACUAAAACUACAAACUCUGUUUAUCUGUUAAUAACGACAUUCAGAGCAACUAAAUACCUCCUGGGUUUGGAUGAGAUCCGGAGCCAGAAUAUUAACCAGUUCUGCUGAUAUUAGUAACCGGUUUACGUAUCAGGGUCACUGCAGAGUGAAAACAAUGAGAAAACUUCUCAAAAAUUUGCAAGAGAAAAAUCACAAAUUUAGAGAAAACGUCUCGACUUUUGAAACUGAGAAAUUUUCAUGUUUUUUCUCAGAUUAAGUUGAAAAUAUUUGACUUGUUUGGAGUGAAAUUGCUCCUUUUUUCCACCUGCAGUGUCCCUGAUUCGCCGUCGUACUUUCUGCCUAAUGGAUGUAUUUGAUUAUUUAUUGCUGUAUUAUGUGUGUAUUUUACUAGAAAGUUUUCUGACUGCUGUAUAAAUAUCAUGUAGCCUUUAAAACAUCAGUCAGAUGAUGAUGGUGAUGAUGAUGAUGAUGAUGCCCUCUGAAGGAUAAACCUGACCUCUGGUGAAGAUGCAUAAAAAUCCUUAAAUGUAAUAAUCUGUAAUAAAUUUCUCAUAUUGAUACUUGCAGCAGGUCGGCUAAUGGUUGCCAUGGAGACUGAGAGUUGCCAUUUUUAGCUUCAGCUCUCUCCAUGCACAGAGCCAGAAAAAACAUGGCUCCUCAUCCAUACGUCGUCUCUGUGUCACGUCAUAAUUAUUCCCCAGGGAAACAAAAAGUAAUGGAUUAUUAGUCAGACGUUUAUUUUAAAGAGGAUCAAGAGAAUUGUGCCAUUUUCUCCUUUAAACUAAACUUUAGUUUCACUUUAAGGCUUUUUCUGCCGUCUUUUCCAGAGAUGUAAAAGUAUCAGUGAAAACCUGAAUGAUUUAUUUCUUCACUCGUGGCAUUUCACACGGUUUUUUAGCUGAAACCUGAUGCAUUAUGGGAGCACAAACCUGGUUGCUCCUUUCAUUUUAACUUUAAAACAUGAAGAAAAAUAAGAAAACAGAAAAAAAACUUUUUCCAAUCUUAAACAUUUUUUGACAUGAUCUCAACCAAAAAUGUUCUUAAACUGUUAAUUCUGUUUUUUUAUAUUUGUUGCCUUUAUAUGUGACUAUUUAAUGAUCUCUGACCUCAUUUAUGAAAUACCUCAGAAACCUGUUGCUGUUGGAAACAGAAACACUCAGACUCUUUGGUUCAUGAUGCCACUUCCUGUUUAUACAAAUGUGUCCUGGGGACAGGAAGUCCGUGGCGGUUCGGUCCGGUCCGGUCCGUUGUCCAGCAGAGACAGGUCAGUGUUGGGUUGGGACAUUAUGACUGUCUUUUAUUGUUAUUAAUAUUUAUAUUAUCAUUAUUAUACUAUAUGCAGGUUGUGAAUUCUGAUGAAAAUGUUGUUCGGACCUCAUUUAAUGUUUCUUCAAUGGGAGAAAAAUGAAAUAUCUAAU